AUGGGCUCCGGCGCGAUUGACCCCAAAGAGCUCCUGAAGGGCUUGGAUUGCUUCCUUGGCCACAAUGGCGAGGUCAAGAACAUGGACAGCAUCUCCAAAAUCUUCAACUUGAUGAAGGAUGCGCAGAAGCUUGUGAGUCGCUGCAUCUACCUGAACAUCCUGAUGCAAACACGGUCGCAGGACAUCCUGGCCAAGUUUAUCCAGAUAGGAGGCUACAAGCUGCUCAACAGCUGGCUGACGGCUGCCAAAGCCUCCAACAACGUCGCCUUCCUGCAGCAGAUCCUCCUUACCCUGCAGCACUUGCCACUCACCGUGGAUCACCUCAAACAGAACAACACAGCCAAGCUGGUGAAACGGCUCAGCAAAUCGCAUGACAAUGAAGAGCUGCGCCAACUUGCUGCCAUCCUCGUCAGUGACUGGAUGGGUGUCAUCCGUUCCCAGAGCAGCGUCCAGCCCGCUGAACGUGACAGAAAGAGACGAAGAGAGGAAACCAAAAGCAAAACGGUUGUCCAAGAGAAACCCCAAGAAACCAAAGCUGAGGCUAAAGCCGAGGAGGUGCCAGAGAAGAAGCGGGAGAAACCCAAAUCUCUGCGCACCACGGCGCCCAGCCAUGCCAAGUUCCGCUCCACUGGUCUGGAGAUGGAGACACCUUCGUCAGCGCCCGCGAAGAAAAUGAGCUCUGCUUCGGGCGCUGAUAAAUACGGCCUGAAACCAAUGCCCGUCAAGAGGCAAAACGUCUCGGUGUUGUCUGGAGAGGCUGCUCCAGCCAAGAAGAAAUAUAAACCGCUCAACACGGCGCCCAAUGCCGCCAAGGAGAUCAAAGUGAAGACCAUUCCCCCUCAGCCCAUGGAAGGCCUCGGCUUCCUGGACGCCCUCAACUCGGCUCCCGUCCCCAGCAUCAAAACCAAGAAGAAGAAGAAGGUACUGUCCCCAACAGUCACCAAACCCAGUCCCUUCGAGGGGAAACCGCCCAUCGAAGCCACCUCGGCCAAACCCUCCUGCCCAGAGCCCAGCGCUGCGGUGGAGCCAAUGGAGACGGAGCGUCCUGGCACGCCGGUGCCAGCCGUGGAGGUGCCAGAGCCAAUGGAGUUUUGCUUGGCCGAGAACAGCAUGGACGUCAGAUCCAUGGGAAACCAACCACUGGAGAGCGGGCCAAUAGCCAAGAAAGCCCGCAAGAAGAAGAGAGUGAGCUGGGCCGAGGAAGGGAAGCUCUGCAAAUACUUCUACUUCGAAUGGGAUGAGACAGAACGAGUGAACGUCAACAAGAUGAACUUCAGCGAAGCGGCCAGGUGGGAGAUGUUGAAGGACCAGGAGGCGUUUGAGACAACGCGGCGCCUCAGCCACGACGCCAUGGAGGAGAAGGUGCCGUGGGUUUAUCCCCGGCUCCUCGAUCUCCCCGCGCCCCUCGUCGUGCCGGGCAGCGGCAGCCAUGAGCGAUUCACCCAGGCCGAGCGUGAGAAGGGGAUCCUACAGGAGAUCUUCCUGUCCAAGGAAAGCGUUCCUCACAGCCCCUGUGAGCCAGAUCGGGACUCCUGUGAGCCGCUGCCCCCCAAGUUGAUCCCCUUGGAUGAGGACUGCUCAGCCGAGGAGGCGGUGUAUCCUAACACCAUGGAUGCCAGCGCCGCCUCCUCUGCGGCCGACACCAGCGCUGGGGCCAAGCUGCCGCCCGUGCUUGCCAACCUCAUGGGCAGCGUCGGGGCCGGGAAGAGCCCCCAGGGCCCCGCGCCAGCCGCCAACAUCAACAUCCAGGAGAUCCUCACCUCCAUCAUGGUAACGGAGACCCCGAAACAGGGACCCCCACUGCUUAAAAAACAGGAUUAUUCAGAGGAAAUCAAGCACCUGCUGGGGAACGUGCAGGCGCAGCCGCAGCCCACAGGACCCGGUGGAGUGCCCCACAGCUUGCUCGGCCCCGGCCCCAUGGCCACUGGCUUCCCGCCCGGCCCAAAGGGCCUAGAGCAGUUCCCACCGGGGGGACCCCUGCCCGGACCCCACGGCAGCGGCGGCAGUGGGGGGCCCAGUCUCCCACCAGGCCCGGGGAUGCCGGGUGGUCCCCGUCUUUUGGGGCCACCCCCCCCGCAACGUGGCGGCAACAACUUUUGGGACGCACCGGACUGGGGGGGGUCGCUUCGAGGUGGCCCCCACGGCAGUGGGAUGCGCGGGGGGGGCCCCUUUCACUGCCCCCGCGGCCAUAGCAGCGCCGAACCCCCAUACCGGUGCCGCGGCGGAGGGUGGGGGCGCAACGGGGGCCCCCCAAAUGGCGGCGCAAGGGGAGGGCCCCCCAUAAGCCACAGUGAUCAUGGCAGGGGCCACCCCUGCGAGCACCCCCGCGGCCACGGCGGGGGCCACGGAGGAGAGCUGCCGAGCCGCCCCGUCUGUCGGCACUUCAUGAUGAAGGGCAGGUGCCGGUACGGAAACAACUGCAGGUUUCUCCAUCCCGGUGUCCACGGGCACCAGCAGAUGUAG